UAUAUAAACAUGAUGAGUUGGACUCAAACUUUAUCCAUAGCGGUAACACUGGUGUUAAUGUAUUUAUCGGGUGAAACGUCGGGUGUGGGCCAGCCGUGCGGCAACUCACUGGCCGGCGCCCGUAUAGUGAACGGCGCAAAUGCCAAAGGUGGCACGUGGCCCUGGAUGGCUAGACUUACCAUAUGUCCUGGUAAAACGUCAGCAAACGAGUGUCGAAUAUGUGGGGGUUCGCUGAUUAACGAUCGGUGGAUACUGACCGCCGCCCACUGUAUUCAUGACUACGACAACGGAGAAAAAGUCGAUGAAAUUAGAGCCACAUUUGAUGAUGUUUACGUAAGAGAUGAAUAUGCCGCUAAAAUGAGCGAUUACAAUAAAGAAACCGUCCGAAAUGAUAUAGCCUUGUUAAAGUUACCAUCAUCGUAUGAUCUGAAUGCUAUUUGCCUACCGCCAUAUAAUCUAACUACAUCUGGUGGCAGAGGAUGCAUGGCCAGUGGCUGGGGAGUAAGUGAUUUACGUGUAUAUAGUCCGUCAAAUACAUUGCAACAUGUUCAUUUACCGAUGGCCGACGAUAAUCUAUGUGCUCGAGAAUUUCCAGAUAUUGAUCUCAAUACUCAAUUUUGCGCCGGAAUUUUAAAGAGUAAUAUAAAUGUCUGCAGUGGUGACAGUGGCGGACCCCUAAACUGCCAACUGACCAACGGUGCCUGGGUGGCAAAUGGUGUUGCCUCAUUUGUUUCUAAACGUGGUUGCACAGCGUCAUUUGGCGUUUUUACCCGGUUACCAAAACUUGUUAGGAUUUAA